UUGAUGAAACCCGGGUCAAACUUGAUAAUCAAGGUCCAGAUUACAUCAAUGCUAACUUUGUUACUGGUGUUGAUGAUGCAGCUAAAGUGUACAUAGCUUCCCAAGCACCAUUACCGAAUACAGUUGUAGACUUUUGGCGAAUGAUGUGGCAUUACAAAGUAGAGAUUAUUGUAAUGGCUUGUAAAACUGUGGAAAAUGGAAAGGCUAAAUGUGAGAAAUACUGGCCAGAACUAGAUGAUGAGAAGGUUUUUGGGUUAUUUACAAUAACUUUGGCAUCUGAAAAGCGUUUGAGUCAGAAUGUUGUGGUCAGAGAAAUUUGUGCACGAAAGGGUGAUGAACAACGUAAAUUUACUCAGUUUCACUAUCAAGCCUGGCCGGAUCAUGGUAUACCGUCAUCUUCAUUGCCAAUCAUAAAUAUGAUAAAGGCAUUUAGAAAACUGCAGCCUCAUGAUAAUAUACCUAUAGUAAUACAUUGUAGUGCUGGUUGUGGCAGAACUGGAGCUAUUAUUGUUCUAGACUUAGUUAUGAAACUGUUAGAAAUGGAAAAAAUAGAGGAAACAUUUGAUUUAUUCAAUCUCAUUGAUAAUAUGAGACGCCAACGCCCAGCCAUAGUACAAACCAGGGAUCAAUAUGAGUUUGUGCAUCUCGCUGUAUCAGAGUUAAUGAUUGAAGAAAUAAAGAGUAAACAUCAGAAUCUUACUGGACAUACUUAUGAAAACAUUCAGUGUGAAAAUCCG